AAAAAAUAUGCCAGACAGCAGACACUAUACCAGCCUCGCUCAGGGGGUUUUACUGUCCCUUUAAAUCCGGAGCCCUCAGCCCGCCCUCAGAUGGGAACACCCGUAGUCAAGCCUUAGCGGGAGACUGGGGCGGUUGUCUGGUUUCGGAGCAUCAUCUAAUCCGCGUUGCAGGGAGGCAAUUUUUAAUGGCCAUGCCGAGAAAAAGGCUUUUCUAAACCGCCAGAGACGGCCCGAUGAAACGGAGGCGGCGGAGGUCUGUGGGCUUGGGGUAUUCUCACAACCAGGACUCGGGAGCUUACUCAACAGCGAGGCCGAGGGAAAGGAGACAAGUGACGGGCGUGCUCCAGCUGUCCUCGCCGAGGCUCGUUGUGCCAGCUGGGACCCUCUUGCUCAUCCGCCGGUUACCACAAGGCAGAUGAUGAGAUGUCUGGGACUACUUCUCAGGCGGAUCCCACAGAUGCCACGGCGCGGACGAUUCUGCUCAACCAACCCCAGAACACCAAAUUCUGUGAUAACCAUGUCAGUACCACUAAGUACGGCGUGCUCACCUUCCUGCCCCGUUUCCUGUACGAGCAGAUCCGCCGGGCCGCCAAUGCCUUCUUCCUCUUCAUCGCCCUGAUGCAGCAAAUCCCUGAUGUGUCUCCUACGGGUCGCUACACCACUCUGGUACCACUCAUCUUCAUCCUCACUGUGGCCGGGAUCAAAGAGAUCAUAGAGGACUAUCAAAGACACAAGGCAGACAACACAGUCAACAAGAAAAAGACCACAGUUCUGAGGAAUGGAGCCUGGCAGACUAUCAUAUGGAAACAGGUGGCAGUAGGAGACAUAGUGAAGGUGACCAAUGGGCAGCAUCUUCCAGCUGACAUGGUCAUAGUGUCCUCCAGUGAGCCUCAGGCCAUGUGUUAUACUGAGACCUCCAACCUGGAUGGAGAAACCAACCUGAAAAUCAGACAGGGUCUCCCUCUCACAGCUGGUCUCCAGUCUCUGGAGGAGCUGAUGGGUCUCUCUGGCCGUCUGGAGUGUGAAGAGCCCAACAGACACCUGUAUGACUUCACUGGGACUCUACGCCUGGACAACCAAAAUGCGGUUCCUCUGGGUCCUGACCAGGUGCUGCUGCGAGGUGCCCAGCUCAGGAACACACAAUGGGUUGUGGGUAUUAUAGUCUACACUGGACAUGACUCCAAACUGAUGCAGAACUCGACCAAGGCCCCUCUGAAGCGUUCUAACGUGGAGCGGGUGACCAACGUCCAGAUCCUGGUGCUGUUCUGCAUCCUCCUGGUGAUGGCGCUAGUGAGCUCUAUAGGAGCCUCCAUCUGGAACAAACAACACACUGAGGAGGCCUGCUGGUACCUGUCACGCUCCGGUGACAUCUCCACUAACUUUUGGUAUAACCUGCUGACGUUCAUCAUCCUCUACAACAACCUCAUCCCCAUCAGCCUGCUGGUCACUCUGGAGGUCGUCAAGUUCACACAGGCACUCUUCAUCAACUGGGAUGUGGAGAUGUACUACGCGGAGACAGACACACCCGCCAUGGCUCGAACGUCCAAUCUCAACGAAGAACUGGGCCAGGUGAAGUAUCUGUUUUCUGAUAAGACAGGAACUCUCACCUGUAACGUCAUGCACUUCAAGAAGUGUACCAUCGCUGGGAUCACAUACGGCCACUUCCCUGACCUGGAUGUUGAUCGUUCCAUAGAGGACUUCAGUCCCCUGCCAUCCAGCAGUCUUAACUCCACAGAGUUUGAUGACCCCGCUCUCAUCCAGAACAUUGAGAAGAACCAUCCGACCUCUGCUCAAAUCUGUGAGUUCCUGACGAUGAUGGCGGUGUGUCACACCGUGGUCCCAGAGAGAGAGGAUGACCAGAUUAUUUACCAGGCCUCCUCGCCUGAUGAAGGAGCUCUGGUGAAAGGAGCCAAAGGUCUGGGCUUCGUUUUCACAGCAAGGACUCCUGGCUCCGUUAUCAUGGAAGCUAGGGGGAAGGAGAAGAGCUUCGAGCUGCUGAAUGUGCUGGAGUUUUCAAGUAACCGUAAGCGCAUGUCUGUAGUGGUCCGAACCCCCGAUGGGAAACUGCGUCUGUACUGCAAGGGAGCAGAUAAUGUGAUCUUUGAGCGUCUCACUGAUUCGUCUCAGUACAAAGAGUUGACCAUGGCACAUCUGGAACAGUUUGCCACUGAGGGUCUGCGGACUCUGUGUUUUACCUAUGUUGAUCUGGAGGAGGGGGUAUACCAGGAGUGGCUGAAGGAAUACACCCGGAUUAACACUAUCAUCAAAGACCGGGCCCAGAAACUAGAGGACUGCUAUGAACUGCUGGAGAAGGAUCUGUUGUUGUUGGGGGCCACAGCUAUAGAGGACCGUCUCCAGGCAGGGGUCCCUGAGACCAUUGCUACUUUGAUGAAGGCCGACAUCAAGAUCUGGGUCCUCACCGGAGACAAACAGGAGACAGCCAUCAACAUAGGCUACUCCUGUCGUCUGGUGACCCACGGCAUGUCCCUCCUCAUCGUCAACGAGGAUUCAUUGGAUGCAACACGUGCCACCCUGACAGCUCACUGUAUGUCUCUGGGUGACUCUCUGGGGAAGGAGAAUGAGUUGGCUCUGAUCAUCGAUGGACAGACCCUGAAAUACGCCCUGUCCUUCGAGCUCCGCCAAGCCUUCCUAGACCUCGCCCUGUCCUGCAAGGCCGUCAUCUGCUGCAGGGUGUCUCCCCUCCAGAAGUCUGAGAUAGUGGACAUGGUGAAGAAGCAUGUGAAGGCCAUCACUCUGGCCAUAGGAGAUGGGGCCAAUGACGUGGGCAUGAUCCAGACUGCCCAUGUAGGAGUUGGCAUCAGUGGCAACGAGGGCAUGCAGGCAACCAACUCCUCGGACUACUCCAUCGCACAGUUUUCCUACCUAGAGAAGUUGUUGCUGGUCCAUGGGGCGUGGAGUUAUAACCGUGUCACUAAGUGUAUUCUCUACUGUUUCUAUAAGAAUGUGGUUCUCUACAUCAUAGAGCUGUGGUUUGCCUUUGUGAACGGCUUCUCUGGACAGAUUCUGUUUGAACGCUGGUGUAUCGGCCUCUACAACGUGAUCUUCACAGCGCUGCCUCCCUUCACUCUGGGGAUCUUUGACCGGCCGUGCAGUCAGCAGAACAUGCUCCGCUUCCCCCAGCUAUACAGCAUCACCCAGAACGCUGAGGGGUUCAACACCAAGGUGUUUUGGGGUCACUGUAUAAAUGCUCUGAUCCAUUCCAUUAUUCUCUUCUGGUUUCCACUCAAAGUUCUAGAACAUGACAGUCCUUUCAACAACGGUCAUGGUACUGACUACCUGUUUGUGGGGAACAUGGUGUACACGUAUGUGGUAGUAACGGUGUGUUUGAAAGCUGGUAUGGAAACCACUGCCUGGACCAGGUUCUCCCACCUGGCGGUGUGGGGCAGUAUGAUUCUCUGGGUGCUCUUCUUCACGGUCUACUCAGCUUUCUGGCCGUCCAUCCCCAUCGCUCCUGACAUGCAAGGCCAGGCUGACAGGGUGAUGCACUGCUGGCACUUCUGGCUGGGGCUGGUCCUGGUGCCAGCAGCCUGUCUACUCAAAGACUUUGCCUGGAACGCGGGUCGUCGCACUGUGAAGAAGUCUCUUCUGGAAGAGGUCCAGGAGCUGGAGGCCAGGGCUGUUGACCCGGGGGCCGCUGUGCUCCGAGACGCCAGCGGACGCAGUCUGAACGAGCGUGCCCACCUGUUGACCCGGGUCUUUAGGAAAACACCGUCCAAUGUGGGGUGCAAAAACUCUGUGCAGCAGAGCAACGUGUCCCAUGGCUAUGCCUUCUCCCAGGAGGAACAUGGGGUGGUGUCUCAGUCCCAGGUGUGUCGAUCCUACGACACCACCCGCCAACGGCCCAGUGUCUAGCCCACCUGGCUACGGGGCUCUUGGCAAUGGUUGCCCAGGCAACAGAGGAGACAGACUGAUGCUAAGGGAUCACCCCUGCUGUGGCCUUAUUGGAACUUAUACUGACUUUUACCUGGGACCUUGACCCCUGGAGGCCGUUGCUCGGCAUGGAACACUAACUAAAGGGAAGGGACCAGACGCGUCUGUACUGUCCAAACUGGUCUACGCUCUUGCUGACUCACAAACACACACACACACCCAUAGAGCAGACACACAGGCACGAGUAAUCACAACCACACAAACAGACAUAAUAAAUCAACCGCAGAGACUGUAA